CUCGCACCAGUUAGCCACUACUACUUGUUUCAUUCUCCCUAUUAUUCUCACACGCACGUAAACGCAUGGCGCCGCCAACGCAAAUCUGUCACAUGAACAAUGGCGACUCUCUAAACGGCGUCGCCAUCCGGGUCGUGACGAAGGAAACGGCGGCACCGCCAGCACACAGCGCCAGCCUCCUCGACACCGACGAGUUCCGGCGUCACGGGCACCAGGUGAUCGACUUCAUCGCCGACUACUAUGCUGGCAUGGGAAGCUACCCCGUGCGCCCCAGCGUCACCCCUGGAUUCCUGCGGGACAAGCUCCCAGCGGAGGCGCCGCGGCGCCCCGACAACGGGUUCGCCGCGGCACUGCGUGACGUGCGCGACCACAUCCUCCCUGGUCUGACGCACUGGCAGAGCCCGCGCCACUUCGCGCACUUCCCGGCGUCGAGCAGCACGGCGGGGGCCCUCGGCGAGGCCCUCGCCGCCGGCAUCAACGUCGUUCCCUUCACCUGGACCGCGUCCCCGGCCGCCACGGAGCUCGAGAUGGUCGUCAUGGACUGGCUCGGCAAGGCUCUACACCUGCCGGAGAGCCUUCUGUUCCCCGGCGGCGGCGGCGGGACGCUGCUGGGGACCUCGUGCGAGGCCAUCCUCUGCGUGCUCGUCGCCGCCCGGGAGCGGAAGCUUGCUGAGAUCGGCAGCAGGAGGAUUGGUGACCUCGUCGUCUACUGCUCUGACCAGACCCACUUCGCGCUACGCAAGGCGGCGCGCAUCGCCGGUAUCCACCGGGACAACUGCCGUGAGAUCCCCACGUGUCGAGACCACAUGUUCGCGCUCUCGCCGGCGGACCUGCGCACCGCCAUGGACGCUGACGUGGACGCCGGGCUGGUCCCGCUGUUCCUCUGCGCCACGAUCGGCACCACCCAGACGGCCGCCGUGGACCCCGUCAGGGAGCUAUGCGACGUUGCGGCGGCGCACGGGGCGUGGACACACAUCGACGCGGCGUACGCCGGGUCGGCGCUCGUCUGCCCGGAGUUCCGCCAUGUCAUGGAUGGUGCCGAGGCGGUGGACUCGUUCAGCAUGAAUGCCCACAAGUGGCUGCUGGCCAACACAGACUGCUGCGCGCUGUGGGUGCGACGGCCGGCGCUGCUCGUCGCCGGGCUCGGAACGGAGCAGGAGUACAUCCUCAAAGACAGCGCCGAAGAUGGGCACGACGUCGUGGACUAUAAGGACUGGUCCGUGACGCUGACGCGCCGGUUCCGGGCGCUCAAGCUCUGGCUGGUGCUCCGGUGCUACGGCGUCGAGGGCCUCCGCGACCACGUCCGCGCCCACGUCCGGAUGGCCGCAGAGUUCGAGAGGAUGGUGAGCUCUGACGAGCGGUUCGAGGUGGUGGUGACCCGGCAGUUUUCCUUGGUGUGCUUCCGGCUCCGCUCGCCGGAGAAGCUCGGCGGGGAGAAGGCGGCGAACGAGAUCAACAGGAGGCUCCUGCAGGAGGUGAACGUGACCAGCUCGGGGCCAUACAUGAGCUCCGCGAAGGUGGGUGGCAUCUACAUGCUCAGGUGCGCCAUCGGGAGCACGCUGACGGAGGAGCGCCACGUCACUGAGGCGUGGAAAGUCGUGCAGGAUCGAGGUGCUGAGCUGCUUCGUAAAAUGGAGAUUUCAAGCAGCGUGCUCGCUUAAAACAAGAACGCCUCGUCUAAUAAGGACAUCGGAACAAAGAUGGACCAUGCUAAGGUCACUAGUGUUAUUCCGUGCGCAUGCAUGUGCUAGAAAUAUGUCCAUGUUCCUUACAUUUGGACCUCACGACUUCUCCAACUUUUCAUACCCAAGUCAGUUGCAUUUUGUGUAACCGUGUGACUUACUGAGGCUGCUGCAAAUGAUAUCUACAU